AUCUACAAUUAAACUGGAGUGUAUCGCUGUCCCAGUACCUCAGCACGGCCUACUUUCUGGGAUACUUAAUAACGCAACUACCAGGAGGAUAUUUAGCUGUCCGGUUUUCCCCAACUAAGUAAUGUGAUUUUUAUACAAUUAAAAAAUAAAUUUCAAAUUAACAAAUUUUAUUAGAGGACAGUAUUUCCUCCAAAUAAAAUAUGGUCUGACUUUUUAAAAAUCUAAAAAUCCUAAUAUUUUUUUCUAGAGUGUUUGGAGGAGCCAUUCUUAUAAGUUCAUCCUGUUUCUUGAUAAUGGCAUUUUUCUUGAAGUACAGUCCAAUCGUUGCUUAUGUUGCUAGAAUUAUCCAAGGACUUGCAGAGGGCACGUGUCAACCCGCCAUGGGUGCUGUAAUGUCAUCCUGGGCACCGAAAUCGGAACGAGCGAGAAUGGUGGGACUGUCGUAUUCAGGUAUUUACCUGAGCGCAUCACUGGGAUCUGCUAUAGCGGGAAGUACCACAUGUUACGUCAGCUGGAACGCUGCACUCUUCAUCUAUGGUAUAAAUCUGAAUCUGAUGGUGGAUUUGCAGACAAUUUCAUUGAUAUUUCAAACAAAAUAAGAGUUCAUAAUUUCAAAAAAUAAAAUACCAA